GGGCAGCAGCAGUUGGAGCGGUGACGUGAUGGCUUGGUUUGUUGCUCUAAGGGAUAGAUGUAGGGAGAGAGCUUCCUGCAAUAAGCAGAUUAAGAAGAGCGACGGUGUAAGAGAGCUGUGUGCACUAUUAUAAAAAAAUAAGUAGUGGAAUAAUUAAUCAAAGACAUGAACAAGGGCCAGAGUAAAGCUUCUUUGAGCUCGACACACCCUCUGUCGGAGACGAAGGCGCUGCAGCUCUAGAGCUCAUGGAGUUGGACCCGCUGCUCAGCUUGCAGUUUGUGGAGCUUCAAGCCUUGCGGCUGCUUUGGUGAAACGGUGGGAUUUAUCGGAAGGGAAGCACCCACUACUUUUUAACGAUGCUCGGAAAGUUAAAGCAGAACUUGCUGGUGGCGUGCCUGGUCAUCAGCUCCGUCACUGUCUUCUAUCUCGGUCGGCAUGCCAUGGAGUGCCACCACUGGACAGAGGAACGAAGCCACGCUCCCUCUGUUGACUUUGCCAAGACCACGCUCAAGACUGGACUCAACCGAACUGCAAACCCCUUUCUUUACAGCAAAGACAUGCCUUUAAUAUUCAUCGGCGGCGUCCCUCGCAGUGGCACCACGCUCAUGAGGGCGAUGCUCGAUGCCCAUCCUGAGGUGAGGUGUGGGGAGGAGACCCGGGUUAUUCCCCGAAUCCUGGCCAUGAAGCAGAUGUGGAGCCGGUCAGGUCGGGAGAAAAUGCGCCUGGACGAAGCAGGGGUGACGGACGAAGUGUUAGACUCCGCCAUGCAGGCGUUCUUACUGGAGAUCAUCGUUAAACACGGGGAGCCUGCUACUUACUUGUGCAAUAAAGACCCCUUUGCUCUCAAGUCCUUGACUUACCUGUCUAAAAUCUUUCCACACGCCAGGUUCAUCCUGAUGAUCCGCGACGGCCGGGCGUCCGUCCAUUCCAUGAUCUCUCGCAAGGUCACCAUCGCUGGCUUUGAUCUCAACAGCUACAGGGACUGCCUGACCAAGUGGAACCGGGCCAUCGAGACCAUGUACACGCAGUGCAUGGAGGCAGGUGAUAAAUGCAUGCCGCUGCAUUACGAGCAGCUGGUCCUGCAUCCCGAGACCUGGAUGAAGACCCUGCUGAAAUUCCUCAACGUUCCUUGGAAUGAGGCCGUGUUGCACCAUGAGGAACUGAUCGGAAAAGCGGGAGGGGUGUCCCUUUCCAAGGUCGAGAGGUCCACGGAUCAGGUGAUCAAGCCUGUCAACGUGGAAGCUUUGUCGAAAUGGGUGGGGAAGAUCCCGCAAGAUGUUCUGCGGGAUAUGCCAGUCAUUGCGCCCAUGUUGGCGAAGUUAGGAUACGAUCCAUAUGCCAAUCCCCCGAACUAUGGAAGACCAGACCCUAGGGUCCUGGAUAACACUAGGAGGGUCUUUAAAGGUGAAUUUCAGCUCCCUGCUUUUCUUAAAGGACAGCCACAGACUGGACCAGUAUCAUAGAAGAAGUGCAGCUCCUGCUCUGAAUGUGGAAAGGCCAGAGCUGAAAAGAUGUGAUGCCUUCAGUUUUGUAGCUGAACGCACAGAUCUUUGUGCAGCAAUGCAAGUGUGUGUUUGUGGACUGGAGAAAGCCUGAGGGCUGAAGGAAAGCACUUCGAUACUUCACAAGAUUUCACUGGCUUGACUGUGUUGCACUGCACCAAACAUGCUGAUCACAAAACGUGGAUUCCACAGUCUCCUUGCAGUUUCCUCUUCAUCAGCUCAUUAACCCGGGGGCUUUGGGGUUAUCUGUGUUUGUUUAUUUCUUUACCUCCCCCCCACAAACAUAUAAAACUUCAAAGGUCUUAUUAAUUUAUGGCAGAGUCUAGCUCACGGCUGUGGUGUGUAUUUGUACAUUUUUGUGUGUGAUGUGAUGCCAUCGCUAAUCCUGGGAUUUUACUUGUUUUAAAUACUGACAUUUUUUCACCUGUCUGUACGAUCCAUGGUAUUUUGUAUUUUCAAAAACAAUAAAACAAAACAAAAAAAACAAAAAAAAAAGUGUGUGUUUUUCUGGCGGUCUUAACACAGUUAACCCUUUCUUUGCUAGAGAUAGAUAUGAUCGUAUAUCAAACAGCCCAAUGAAUUCUUCUGCAGAUUUAAAAAGCCGGCUCUUAAGAAUCUCUCUCCUUUAUGCGCACAGGAGCCGCGCUUUAACUACAGAAGAGCUGUUCUGCGUUUACUUUUGUACACCCCGAUUUACAGGAAGUUUCAUUAUUACUCCUGGUAAUCUUCCAGGAUAUUUUAUUGAUCUACAGCGCCACCUGGUGGAAAACCCUGGCCACACAGCUUUUAAAAGAGCCAGCAAUCUCAUGACCGUUCCUCCCUUGUUUCCUAGGACUCGGGGCUCACAUUGCUCAGCUUCCACCUCUGGAAGAAUCUUCCGAUCGGAAGUCGAGUGAAACCUGCUGAAUAGUGAGAAAUCAACAUAUUAAAUUGCACGCUGCUUUGUAGUUUGCCAUAUACCUGACUAAUUCAAAAAAUGUGAUGUUUGAAACCUAACAUGAAAUACUGUAUUGUACUACUAUUAUG